UACCGCAGUAUAUGUGCCAACAUGAUCGAAACUACCCCUAAUAUGAAUCCCGAUGAAAAUUCGCGUCAAUCAUCCUGAUUAUGUUAAUCUGCCGUAAUAAACUAUUGUGGGAGGUAGGGGAGUGCGCGGUGUUGUGAUGCUGUAAAAGAAAGUGCGAACAUUCCUCCUCAUAGCAUGGCCUCGGUCGCCGCUUGGCUGCCAUUUGCCCGGGCGGCGGCCAUCGGUUGGGUACCUAUUGCAACCCAUCCGCUCCCGCCGCCCCCGAUUCCAAAAGACCGCCGAAAGGCCGACGACGAAAAACUUCUCAUCAACGUAUCUGGUAGGCGCUUUGAGACAUGGAGGAACACGCUAGAAAAGUACCCGGACACGUUACUAGGCUCCAACGAGAGGGAGUUCUUUUACGACGAAGACAGCAAGGAGUACUUUUUUGACCGUGAUCCAGAUAUCUUUCGACAUAUACUCAAUUAUUAUCGCACCGGAAAACUCCAUUAUCCCAAGCACGAGUGCCUAACUAGUUACGAUGAAGAGCUCGCGUUUUUCGGUAUCCUUCCAGAUGUUAUUGGAGAUUGUUGCUAUGAGGAUUAUCGAGACCGUAAACGGGAAAAUGCAGAGCGACUUAUGGAUGAUAAGUUGUCCGAAAAUGGUGAUCAAAAUCUUCCGCAGCUUACCAAUAUCCGUCAGAAAAUGUGGCGAGCCUUUGAAAAUCCUCACACUUCCACUGCAGCUUUGGUUUUUUAUUACGUUACGGGUUUCUUUAUAGCUGUAUCGGUUAUGGCAAACGUGGUGGAAACUGUACCGUGCGGAACUCGACCUGGACGUGCGGGACCUCUUCCUUGUGGGGAACGCUACAAAAUUGUGUUUUUCUGCUUAGAUACAGCGUGUGUUAUGAUAUUUACCGCCGAAUAUUUGUUACGAUUAUUUGCGGCACCAAAUCGAGUCAAAUUUGUGCGCAGCGUUAUGAGUAUAAUAGACGUAGUUGCGAUAUUACCUUAUUACAUUGGUUUGGGCAUUACGGACAAUGACGACGUCUCCGGCGCCUUUGUUACCCUUAGAGUGUUUCGUGUGUUUAGAAUCUUUAAAUUUUCACGUCAUUCUCAAGGAUUACGUAUCUUAGGAUAUACACUUAAGUCUUGCGCUUCCGAACUCGGCUUCCUCGUGUUUUCUUUAGCGAUGGCGAUAAUCAUAUUUGCGACAGUUAUGUUUUAUGCAGAGAAAAACGUAAACGAAACAAAUUUUACGUCUAUUCCGGCGGCCUUCUGGUACACCAUCGUAACUAUGACCACAUUAGGAUACGGCGAUAUGGUGCCGGAAACAAUUGCUGGGAAAAUAGUUGGCGGGGUCUGCUCGCUUAGUGGUGUACUGGUAAUCGCUCUGCCAGUACCCGUAAUAGUGUCUAAUUUCAGCAGAAUUUAUCAUCAGAAUCAGAGGGCCGACAAACGUAAAGCGCAGAGGAAAGCUCGACUGGCACGAAUACGAAUAGCUAAAGCGUCUUCGGGCGCGGCGUUUGUUAGCAAAAAGAAGGCAGCCGAAGCUCGUCUAGCGGCGCAGGAGUCGGGUAUCGAGUUAGAUGACAGUUAUCGCGAGGAGGACAUCUUUGAAUUGCAACAUCACCAUCUGUUAAGAUGUUUGGAGAAAACAACAGAUCGGGAGUUUGUAGAAUUAGAGGUUCCGUAUAAUGGCCAUCCUAAAAGACCAGGAUCUCCUUCUCCUCUCGCGAGUCCAGCUCAUUCUGCCGUAUCAAUUGGUUUCUUACAAUCUUGCUGUGGAAGAUGCUGCCCUCGACGAUAUCAACAAGCCUGUGGGAAGUACAUGCCGGCAACCUCGGCAGCUCAAAGUAAUCAAACGGGAGGUGGAAUGGACGGCACCUAUUUAGUCGAGGCGUCUUUUUAGGCUUGAUAUGGAGGAUUAGGUUCAAUGUCCUUUAACUCGUCUUUUCUAUUGGCUCCAAACAUCGAUUUUAGUUGUGUUUAUUUGUAUAGUGUAAAUUGUGAUAUAGAUAUACUUAAUAAAUUCAGUUAGUACUAACUUAUCAAACCUGUGUAUCAGAAAUAAAUUGAUACACCUUUUAUAGACAUUGUUAGUUAUGGAAUUUUGAGCGCAUUUAAUUAACAUUUCUAGGUGUCUGAGACAUUCUUUAUGGUCCAUUUUUACACACCAAUAUCUCCUACCCUAUGGGCCAUACACGAUACAAAACAUGACUGUCGACGUAGAUGAUGUGUUUUCAGGCUUCACUUUUCAUUAGAUUCAAACACCAUUUUCUUAUGUGUCAAAGAAAAGGGAAAAGCAAUUUCUUAGUCGUACAGUUGUCUUAGUCUUUCGAAUUAGCAAAACUCUUUGACUUUAUAGACAAUUAUUAUUAGCCUUAGAGAUAUAAAUUUUAAACUUUUUAAAGUUUAGAGAGUAAUUUAAUGAAUAACCUUUUGAUGUUUUUAUUCUAUUUCAGUACUAGCACAACGUAAGUAACUCUAAAAUUUAUUAAAAGAA